CUCCACCCCCUCAGUAAUUACCUCCACGCCUGUAACAGCUCAGUUAUUGUGUUGUCUGCAGAGCUCCAACAUGCAGCGUCUCCCACCUGGAGAUCUGGAGAGCCUGAAGCUGGUGGGACGUGGAGGAUUUGGGGAGGUCUAUAGAGGAUGGAGCCAGAACCUACAAAUGGAGGUAGCGCUCAAAGUGGUGCAAGGAGCCAGCAGUUCCAACCUGAAAAGGCUGAUGAAGGAUCUAAUGAAGGAACGAGAUGUGAUGCAGAAAGCGAGCAACCCCCAUGUUCUCCGUCUCCUUGGAGUAUAUGAGAAGGCAGAAGGCAGUCUUGUAGAGUAUGGACUUGUCAUGGAGUAUAUGUCCUAUGGUUCUCUACGCACUCUCUUCGACGAUAUCCCAGAUGUCCCAUGGGCUUUGAGGUUCCAGAUUCUUCAUCAAGUGGUCCUUGGAAUGAACUACCUUCACAGUCUGGAUCCCCCAAUAAUUCAUCGGGAUCUAAAACCCUGCAAUGUCCUUUUAAAUAAGCAUUUAGAUGUUCAGAUCACAGAUUUUGGAUUGUCUAAGAUUAUAGGGGCUACUUCUUCUGCAGUGCCAUCGUUUGCAGGGACCUUGCCCUACAUGCCACCCGAAGCUCUAAAUAACAUUAACUAUGAGGUUUCAAAAUCACAUGAUGUUUACAGUUUCGGAAUCUUAGUGUGGACAGUAUUUUCAGGGGAAGAGCCUUACCCAGGUAUUCUUCCAGAAGUAGUCAUGCGCUGUGUAACUAAGGGUCAGAGGCCCACAGUGAGUGUGCUAGACCAGUACAGUGAUGUUAGAAUGGUACCAGAAGCCAAAGAUUUAAUGAUCAGAUGCUGGGAUCAUAAUGCAGAUAGUAGACCUGGCUUCCAUGACUGCAGUGAAUGUACAUCUGGGAUGUAUAAAGCUUAUCAGACUGAGGCUAUCGGCGCUGUUCGAAGUGUUGAAGAUCAUCUCAUAAAUCUGGGUUCUUCAGAUCAGGAAGCUGGAUCAUCAUCUGAUUAUGCUAGCGGAGGUACAGAUGAAUUUCUGAAAGCCUUAGAAAAUGGAGGAAUGAGUCAGGAUUCUCAACAGUCAGAGCCAAAAGCAGCUGGAGAAGAUCCAAAGCAUCCUACAGCUCUUGAGACUGUUGGAGAAACCAAUAAGAAUGAAGAAGAUACUUCCAAUAAAGGAGACCCUAUGGACACGCUUUUAGAGGGUCUUAAGAACACUGGUGACUACAAAAAGAUCAUGGGGAAGUUGAACAAUGAAGGCGUGCUUUCAGAAGAAGAUCAGGAAAAGCUCAAUUCCUCUCAGAAUCUGAAAGAUUUUGGCAACGCAGCAAAAGUAUUCAGGAAAAAACUGAAAGAAGAGCCUGCACAGAUUUUACCAAUGUUCAAAUCACUCUUAAAUUUAUGAUCUGUACUAAAUAUUACCGAAGGACAUUUGCUAAAUGGCCGAAGUGGUUGAAAGGAAGAUGACGUGACCUACAGUUUUGCCAAUACAGUGGAACCUCGGUUUAAGAGUAA